GUUGUAGAUUUUAUAAAUAACUCAGUAUAUGAUAAAAAAUAACAAAAUAGUUUCAAGAACAACAGCAAUAAAUAAAUAUAAUAUACAUUUUAAUUUGUAAGUAAACAAAAAGUAGGUACCAGAUAUUAGGUUUAUGCACCGUCUACACUCUUGCCGUUUCCAUAGAAACAUAACGAUAUGAAAAAUAAAUCGAUUUCCUUAGAAAUUGAUCCAUCAAUUAUGGAGAAAAACAUGAGAAUAGUUAAGGACAAUGCAGUCGAAGAAGAAAUCAAUAAACUUUUAGCGGAAUCAGUACCGUCUCAGACUGUCAAACCGAGACCUGGAUUUUGUGUUAAAACAUUUACUAAGCCUGACAACAAAAAGGUUUUUGUUAAUAUCUGCUUGACUGAGGCAAUCCCUUGUCCUAGAAAUAUCAGUAAUGGAGAAUUAAUGCAAAUACUAAACUCCGAGGAUCCAUCCAGCUAUAGAGUGCCUAUGAGUAUUGGUGAAGGAAGAACUGAACCAGACAAGUCAGGCAUUCCAGCAACCGUCUAUGAUGUGGCUAUAAAUCCAGACUUUUUUUGUAAAAUUGAAAAAGAUGAUCUAUUCCAAACAUUCUUUCUCACUGUUGUGUUUGAGGGCUUACAAGAUAAAUAUCAGUUUGAACUUGAUAUGCAAAAAUUUACAAUCUUAAAGAAUAGAAAGUCAAUAGGGACCUUACAAUCACAUAGAAUCCAAGUAAGGGAUGUGAAAAAAUAUGAAGACAAAACAAAACCAUUGAUCGAAGAGAUUCCAAAGCCGACACCUAAAGUAACUGAAGUUCCGGCUGUAAAGAAAAAGGAGUUAAUAUACAGAUUGAGAAGAGAGCCUCCGGUUGGAGAAAUACAGUAUUUGUUAGCUGAAUUUAUGAUACCUUCGACAAUAGAGCUAAAGGAUUUAAAUCUAGAAGUUGGUGAAGACAGACUUGUUCUGGACUCAAAGGGAUUGUUUCAAGUGGUUGAUUUCUUCUUACCAUGUAGCGUUGACCAGGAUAUUGUGGAUGCUCAAUUGAAUAGAAAUAAAGAUAUGCUCUAUGUGAAAAUGCCAGCCAUACAUUGAGAGGAAAUAUUUUUAACUUACAAUAGGUACAUUUACAAAUUAUACAAGUAAUAAACAAUAUAAAAAGG